GGAGAGUUAAAGAAAUAGGAAGUGAAUGCUUUCGUCGAGGUGUUUACAAAACAGUCUAGCUUGGGCCGUUACUAGGAGGCUUUCAGUGGAUUUUAACAAAUAUUUUGGGGAGGCUAAUUUCUAGAAAAUGGCCAAACUACAGCUUUUGAAUGCUUACCUCACCGAGCGGUUAAUGGUGGCUGUAGAUGAGAUACUGGAGGUUGUUGGGGGGACAGUGUCAGAAUUCGAGGAGGAGACUGCCCGGACGAAGAGAGAGAAUGAACUCCUAAAACGAAGGCUACGAGAAGUUGGACUCGACACGGGAACGGAGUGUUCAGCAGUCUCGACCAGGCCUGUUUCUCUCUCUGUGUCUGGGCAGCACCAGUGGAGCGCCGACCAUGGUCCAGACCCUGAGUCUACACACACCCAGAACCACAUGGUAAUGAGCCAGGAUGAGAUGCCUGCCACACAUAGCCAGCUACCCACAGACUGCACCGAGUGGAAGAGUCUGUGUAACUCUCCAUGUACCCUGUCCUCACAACAGACCGAUACAUCGGCUACCACCCCAGUAGUAGCUCCAUUGACUUCAGCGUCCGUGAAAAGGGACUUGGACGAAGAAGACGACCAGCAUCUCCUUCCCUCUGCAAAUCCCUUCAGCAGCACAUCAUGCCCCGUGGACAGAGUGGUUUUACAGUAUAACUCUGAGGGCAUCAAAACAGAGCCUAGUGAUACUAGCCCUACUGACUUGGGGUCAGUAUCUGCUCAGAUGGGGUAUGGUGAACUAAACCCCAGUUCAGACCCUGGACCAGCCACGGUUGAAACCAGGUACACUGUCUCAGACCUGAGCGCUGACCUGGAGUCAGUGGUUGCAGAGAGCAGCAGGUAUGGUGCCUCCACUGCCUCGGGCGUCCCCACUGACCUGGUAUCAGCUAGUGCUGCCAUGAUCCCAGACGGCUUUUUCCGUCAGAUUGGCAGUGAUGGUUGUGUAACAACAGGGCCAGAACAAGACUUUGGGGACGCCACCACCACCAGUACCGUAGGUCCCUUGACCUCCCAGUUCUACCUGGGUCAAACCAGACGUCAACAACAAACAAAUAGAUCAACAAAUAGGUGUCAUCAACAAAUUAACAGGUCCACAAACAACAGGGGUCAACAGCAAACUAACAACAGGGGGGAUCAGAGGUCCCACCCGUGCCCUCAGUGUGGUAAGAUAUUCAGUCACGGGUCACGCCUCAAGAUCCACCUCCGCAUUCACACAGGGGAGAAGCCGUACGUUUGUGCACUGUGUGGCAAGCGAUUCAACAACGAUGGCACACUGAGGAACCACCGGCGUGUUCACACGGAGCUGCGUCUGUACGGCUGCCCUGUCUGCGGCAUGAGCUUCAAGGACGCCUACACGUGUAGGAAGCACCAGCGUGUUCAUAAUGGACUGCGGCCUGCCGGAGACUCGGCCCACACCUGCAGCUUGUGUGGUAAGGCUUUCAGUGAGGCGGCUAAGCUGACCAAACACAUCAGGACUCAUGCGUCAGUCAUUGGAUGAGGGUAGUACGACCUAUAAAGGCUUUUUUAUAGCAAUCAUAAAGGAUUUAUAAGCACUAUAUAAAUGCUUCACAUAUAAUCUAUAAGCGUAUGUUAUACACUAUAAAUGGUGUAUAAAGGGUGACGUAACAAUUACCACUGUAGGGUUUAUUGUAAGUUAAUAGACCAUUUCUAGAUUAUGACUUACACUUAUGAUUUGUAAAGCCUUUAAGUAGUGCUAUAUAAAGCCUUUAUUGUACUUUGCAACGGAGCUCCCAGGUGGCGCGUCCUGCUCAGGCACUUCACCUGACGUGCAGAGGGGCGUCACUACAGCCUGACGUGCAGAGGGGCGUCACUACAGCCUGACGUGCAGAGGGGCGUCACUACAGCCUGACGUGCAGAGGGGCGUCACUACAGCCUGACGUGACCGGGGAGUUCCAAGGGCGGUGCACAAUUGGCCUAACACUGUCCGGGUUAGGGGAGGGUAGGGUUGGCAUGCAAUUCCUUGUCUUAACUUGCUCUAGCGUCGUCUUAUGGCGGACUGGGCGCCUGCAUGCUGACUAGGGUCGUCAAUCGAACAGUGUCCCGUCCAACACCGUUGGCCCGGCUGACUUCCAGGUGUGUAUAAGAAGCAGCGUGUUUGUCCAAUCCUCACUUCUCCCGAGCCCGUUGGGGAGUUGCCGCAAUGAAACACAAUUGGAUACCACAAAAAUGCUUUCCUUUCUAAACGGUAAACAGAUAUGUAAUGAAAAUCUCAAAUCCAAAAUGCUGGAGUAUAGAGACACAUAAGAAAAUGUAGCUUCACUGUUCAAAUACACAUGGAGGAGAGUGUAUGACCAUGGCUGCACCAGCUUCAACGGGACAUGCCUUUGUGUGCUCUUGUCUGUGGCAGAUAGUGAGCCUCCUGCAUCUGAUUAUACAGUCAUCAGCGAACCCACAAGCAGUAGUUGAAGUCCUCAUCAGAUGUGAUGGACUACCUUAAGCAAGCAGCAAGUGUGUGUGUAGAUUUUUUAUUUGAUUUGUACUGUGCGUGUGUUUUAUUUUACUGUAUGCGCACAGUGCAUGUUUGUCCAAAGGGCAGCGGGGCUCAGUCUGUUACAGGGAGGUUAUUGACUUUUGCUGUGUUGUAGUAUUGAUCCACUUCCGGCUUGUGACUCUGGGGGUGGAGCCUGCUGACCUUAGAGACUGCAGAGGAUGAACCAUGGGUUGAAGACGUUGGUGUCAAACACAAUUCCUGGAGAGUCGGGUCUUUUUUAAAGACCGCAAACAAGCAAUGUUUUUAGGAUCUAGACCUGCAAGAAAAGCCGGGGUCAUGUUCACUUGAAAUUAUUUGAACUUGUCCAAUAAGAGUCACUGAUUCAUUAAGUAGAAGGGAGGAACCAAAACCCACAGACACUGCAGAGCAGAAUCUAAAGGACUGGAGUUUUACUUAUGUGGUUUAGGAGUCCACAAACACAUUCCUUACCCCAGGAUAUGUCAUAAGGUCACGCUAUAGGAACAUUUCAGGAAAAGGAGCACCCGUGUCUGCACCGAUCUGAGAAUUUCAUUUUGGAUAACACAAACCAGCUUAGGAUGCCUCUAUUACAGUCUCACCAUAUUCUCUGAUAGCAAGUGCUCAGACUUCAAGACUUAUUGUGGCGCUGAUAGAGCCUAAUGUACAGUAAAUGGGAUUAUUUUUAAACGUGUGUUGUUGUAGUCAUGUUUCCAGUUGCCUUUAAUUUAAAAGUUUGUCACAUAAAAAAACAGCAGCGUCUUAUUGAUUGUUGCUUGGUACUUGUUCUGGGCAGUUGAAAAUUGGUUGAUGCUAUCCGGAAUCCUUGGGACGUCCCCAACUUUACCCUUACCUAAUCGUAACCAUUGUACAUUU